AUGUUUGUCCUCUCCGAGCUCGAGGACACCAUCGCGGUGCACCCCAACCACUUUGGCAUGCCGACGAUCCAGGCCGUGUCGGACCAGAUCAACCGGAAAUUUGCCAACAAGAUCCUUCAGGAUGUGGGGCUCUGCAUCUCGCUCUUCGACAUCUCCUCCUGCUCCGAGGGCAGAGUGCGAUGGGGCGACGGCCUUCUCUACCACAAAGUCACCUUCCGCCUCAUCGUCUUCCGGCCUUUCACCAACCAGGUCCUCGUCGGAAAGAUCAAGAGCUCCGAUGAAACCGGCAUCCGAGUCACGAUGGGCUUCUUCGACGACAUCUACAUCCCCGCACCGCAUAUCCCUGCACCAUCGGCCUUUGACCACCAGGAGAGGGCAUUCUUCUGGCUCUUUGAGGCGAGGACCCCCCAGAUUGCAGAGGAUCCGCUCCUCUCUGCGCCAGAGGAGAGAAUGUACCUGGAUCCGGGCGAGCUCAUCAGGUUCAGCGUCGAGUCGGACCAGUUCUACGACGCCGAACCCGGCCCACCCUCCGGGACCGACGCGAGCGGGGGUCCACACCUCGAUCCUCAUAGCCGCGAAGCUGCAAAGAAAGACACGCGGCCUCACUACUCUCUUACCUGCUCCAUCUCGGGACAAGGUCUUGGACUCGUCUCAUGGUGGGCGGGCGCCGAACAGACUGAAGCGGUAGAUGGAGGAGGAGCAGAAGAGGUGUACGACUACGAUUCAGCCCAGCAGACAGAAGUCGUCGCCGGGCACGCCGAGCAACAAGCCGCACCACAAGUCGAGCACGACGAAGAGCUAUAG